CGGAGGAGAAAAUAAAAAUAAAAUAAGAUGGUUAAAUGCUUCAAAUUUAUAUAAUUAAGAAGAAAUACAUAUCUUAUCCUUGGAGAUUUCAAGGCUGCAGAGGGCGUAAUAAAAAUAAAGAAAUAUCUUUUAUUUUUCUCUGAAAUUGCACUUUUUGGUGGCGGCGGGUAUGCUAAUUGGCCAAAAAUAAAAUUUUGUUUUUAUUUGAAAUAAUCAGUAUUUGCAGUCGGCGGGUUCGCUAAACAAGGUAUAAAAAAGUGCCGCCUAAGUGUUAAUAUUCGGUGAAUACACUUUAAUAAAAGAUUCAAAUGAAUUGAGCAGUGUUAUGUCAAAGCUGUUUUCCAGAACAUUGUAUAUGUCAGAUUAUUAUAAAGUUGCUAAUUGCUUUAAUGUCAAAUGGUUAGUUAGUUUUAUUGCCUUUAGAUGAGGUGUUUGUCAUAUGGUCGCUAUCGUUCCUCCAGUCUGUCGCCCCUCAUCCAACCGGCCAGCAGCUGCUUGGCUAGCUAGUUUAAUCAAUUUCAGUUGCCUAAAGCUGUGUAUCGAUAUACAAGGUUUCUUUGCUGGAAUAGACUGCUACAGCUAUCUACUUAAAACUUAAAUAUGAGUCUUUGUGCACAAUGCGGCCUGAAGGUUGUCGGAGAGGACUCGGGGUGCACAGCUAUGGACCGUGUGUUCCAUGUUGCAUGCUUCACGUGUGAAACCUGUCACACCAAGUUACGUGGACAACCAUUCUAUGCUAUGGUUUCUAAAGCUUUCUGUGAGAACUGUUAUAUAUCGUCUCUUGAGAAGUGUUCCACUUGCUCCAAGCCAAUCACUGAGCGGAUCUUGCGUGCAACAGGAAAACCUUACCACCCUGCUUGUUUCACCUGUGUUGUGUGUGGCGAGAGCCUUGAUGGUGUUCCAUUUACUGUCGAUGCAACCAAUCAAAUCCACUGUAUCAAAGAUUUCCAUAAGUAAGUGUCAUGAAUUUUCAUUGGC